CAUAGGGGUAAUUGGAAUGCUAGCAACAGGAACAAUGAUGAUAGCGUAUCUCAAACACAUUUGUGGAAUGUUUAGCAUCGCCAGUUUCCGUAUUGAGAAAGCAAUGGCGAUGAAUAUGCAACAAAAUGUUAAUCAAGAGAAAAUGGUUAUAAUUUAUAAAGGGAUAAUCUGUGCAAUAGACAUUCAUCGCAAAGCUACACAGUUUUCCCAAAUUUUCAUAAAAAGUUUUGAAGGAUCGUUCUUCAUUUUAAUAGCAGCUGGUAUGGUUUGCUUAAGCAGUACUCUUGUUCAAAUCGCGAUAUUUAGCAAUAGCGUAGAGCAACUUUUACUACCGCUUUCGAUUGCAAUCAUCCUCUACGUGUACUUGUUUUUAUCCAAUUAUACUGCACAGGAAAUUACAGAUCACAAUGAAUAUGUAUUUGCCACAGUGUAAAAAACAUUUGCAUUGUAUGCUUAUAUAUAAAUAAUGGUUUGGCAACAAAAGUCUACGUUAACAAAAAUAUUAAAUUCGUAAUACGAUUCCUAGAACAAAUAUGCGUGUUACGUAAUAACAAUUAUUAACAAAUAUUUUUACAAUUUCUAUGUUAGUUUGUCUUUGUUGUAGAUACAAUGUUCAGUGGUACGUGGCUCCGUUACACAUACAGAAAAUGAUGUUAUUUUUAUUGCAAAAGGGCACUAAGGCUUUUCAUUUGAUCCUCGGCGGAAUAUUUAUUGCGUCUAUGGAAAGUGCCGCUACG